GUACUAAUGAACGCGCCACCACGAGCUUGCUGUAUUUUGGUUUUGGGGAAGGCUAUCUGGAUAGGACAGGAAAUUCGUGUUUAAAAUGACAGCGGCUAUUGUGGAAGCUCUCUGUAUCUUGACGAAACCUGCUGGAGAUGCACAUGUGAGCAGUGCUCAGUCAUCCCAGCAGGGGGCACUGUUGCAUGCACUGCAGUCAAACCUGGAGCAGCUGGAAGCUCGCCUGCUGGCGGACCCGGGGCUGGUGGAGGCGCGUGCUCUGCGGGAUGAGGUUCGGCUUGCGGUGGCGUGGUACCAGGAGACACAGGAGCUCACCUGGAGGUUCACACAGGAGUGUCUGCUCCUGCUGCUUGGUCUGGCCCGCCACCUCUCCCGCCUGCUGGAGGCUUUCCAUCCUGCCGUGGCCCCUCCCGGGCCCUGCCUCCCAGAGGUGGCUCCGCCCCUCCCCCCGGACGUUCUCAGUGUGAGCCAGCAGAAGACCGUGGGGGCGGUGCUGCAGUUUGUGGUCACCCUGGGCCUUUGCCCCUACCUGGCCACUGGGGUGGGUCUGGCUCUGGGGCGUAGGUUGGCGUUUGGAGCGGCUGUGGAGGGGGCGGUGCUCGGGGGCGGGGCCUCUGACCGUGACAGGAGGCUCCUGGCCACCACGUGCUCGCUGCUGGAGCUGGCUGAGUUGCCGUCCCUCGCCACGCUGAUCUUCACGCGACAUCUGGGAGAUGUCAUGGCGGGCCUCUGCCAGUUGGGGUACCGUCCACACCGGCCAGAGGGGGCCAACACUGAGAGCGACAAGGGCAUCAGCAUGGAAGAGCGCCUGAACUGCAGGAAAGCGCUGCAGGGCAUUCUGGGAAAAGUGUACCAGCCGAUUGUCAUUAAGGAGCUCCUGAUUCUCCAAGGGGGUCCCAAGCAGGCCCCUCCCACAGGCCGUGGGGGAGGCGGUCUCCGUCAGCCCCUGGCCCAGGCCCCGCCCUGGCUGCGGCGGCUGUGCGGUCAGCUCCUGUCUGAGAGGCUGAUGCAGCCCAGCGGAGUGCAGGCCGUGGUGAGAGCCGUGCUGGAGGGAGCUGGAGGAGGGGGCGCUGGCUCGGGGCCGGCCUCGUCGGACUGGAGGAAGUGUGACAUGGUGGCCAGGGUCCUGGCGGCCUGUCCCCAGCAGGCCCUCUCUGUGGAGGAGUACUACAGCCAGGUGUGCCCACAGGUGUUGGAACUGCUGCACUUCCCAGACAAGCUGACAGCCCUGCAGUUUCAGCGAGUCGCCACAAGGGCGGCACUCACCAUGCUCCAGGAGCGCCCAGAGCUUGCCCGGCAGUACCUGCUGACCCCCCUACUGGCCCCCCUCGCCCACUGUGGGGUCCCAACAGAGGGUCUCCAGGUCCCUGAGUCUGUGCCAGAGUGGGAACUUACUCGCUGCAUCGAAGAUGUGUACAAGGUUUGGGUGGUUGGUAACAGUCCUUGUCCUGCGCUGCUGAAGGCUCUGGGAGAGACAGUUCCUGUCCUUUUCUCUCUGUACUGUUUCACAAAGCAGAGUGUCUGUCAUUUACGCGCCCCCUGUGAGGAGAUCCUGCAGUGGUACUUCUCCCACUCAGAGCCACCGGAAGCCCUGAGUGCACUGAAGCAGCUGUGCAAUCUCCAAACACGCGUGGGUGGGGUCACACCUGGAUUCCAGUUCGCUCCUGGCAGUGAGGGAGGAGCCAGGCUCAUACCCAGAGAGCAAAUCAGUGAUGAAGAUGAGGCUCUGUAUGAAAAGGUGUCAGGCGAGCAGUGGAGGGUGGAGUGUUUGGUUCAACUGCUAGCUGAGAUGAAAGACAAGGACCUGCCUGGAGACUUCUUCCUGGAGCUACUUGAGGAGCUGACUGGCUGGGCUGCAGAGGAGGAAGUGGAGGAGGAACAGGAAGUGGACACGUCGGCCAUGACGCUCCUGGAGCUGGAGGAGCACCUGCUGCGGUGUGCGGAGGGGCGGAGCCGCAGGCUGGCCCUGCUGCAGGUGCUGGCGGCAGUGUGUGAGGGCCUUUCCCACACCCUGCUGCUGCGCAAGCCCACCCAGGUGGUGGGGUUCGUGGUGUCCCUGCUGGAGAGGGCCUGUGUGGCUCUGGCCCGAAGCUCUGACAGCCCUGUGGAAUCUCAGACUCUCAGCAUGGCCAUGGGCCUGCUGGCCACCAUGCUGACGGGAGACAUGCAGCUAAACGCACAGGACUACGCCUCCAUGUCGCUGCUGCUGCCUCCUCUGGACUUCAUUUCCCAGAAGCACCCAGAGAUAGUCAUCCAGGAGCUGGCCUCCGAUUUGCGUGCGGCCAUAGCUACACAUGGGGCGUUCUGCCCUGACACUGUGGCCCAGGCAGCCCAUGCCCGUAUCUCCCAGAAGACCCGCAGCACUGCCACGUCCCAGGUCUCAUGCAACAAGGACACAGCCACUCCGCAACUCGCACAAGACACGCCCAUGUCCCCAAUCACACGCGACACGCCUACUCCCCAAACUUCACGUACCACGGUCACCCCGCGAAUCACACGCGACACACCUACUCCCCAAACUUCACGUACCACGGUCACUCCACAAAUCACACGCGACACGUCAGCUCCCCAAACUUCACGUACCACGGUCACUCCACAAAUCACACGCGACACAUCAGCUCCCCAAAAUUCCCACAAUGCACCUGGCACAGAUCUCCGGACGGUGGGCGCGUCUGCUGGAGAGAAUGAAAGUUUGUCACCGUCCGGGACGGUGCGGAGUCCCGUCGGUGCGGGAUGUCAUGUGACCGGAGCGGCGGGAGGGGCAGGGGGCAGGGUCAGCGAGGGCCCUCCCCCUGCCCCGCCCGCCAGCGGGGCGUUCUCUGAGUGUCUCCUGGAAGCCUGCGAUCCGGACGUCCCCACGCGGGCCGUGGCCCUGCGGAGCUUAACCAGAGCCCUGCAGGAGAGGAGAGCAGAGGCCCUGCAGGCCCAGGACAGAGUGCUGACUCUGUUUUUGGAGAAUCUAAACCAUGAGGACUCGUUUGUGUAUCUUUCAGCUAUUCAGGGUCUGGCAGUGCUGGCAGACUCCUCCCCCGAGACGGUCCUGCAGAGGCUGCUGGAGGAGUUUCAGGGCGGAGCCACAGGCCCCUCCCCCGGGGGGCGUUUGCUUGAGACGCGUCUGAAAGCGGGCGAGGUGCUAAUGAGGGCGAGCAGGGCGCUGGGUGACCUGGCUCCCCACCAUGGCCGGCCCCUGAUUGGUGUGUUCCUGCGGGGUGUGAGGGAUGUGGACCCCACUAUCAGGGCUAGCAGUCUGUCUAACCUGGGAGAACUCUGCCAGAGACUGAACUUCUCCCUGGGUCCCCUCACACACGAGCUGAACUCGUGUCUGACGGCUCUGGUAAAGACAGAGAGGGAGGUUGAGGUGCGCAGGGCUGCGGUGCACGUCAUCGCCCUCCUGCUGAGGGGCCUAAGCGACAAAACCACACAGGUCCUGGGCGAUGUUCUUCUGGAUCUUUACCGAGCACUGAAGUGGGUGGUGCGGAUGGAUCGUGAUGAUGUCACCGUGCUCCACGCCCAGCUGGCCCUGGAAGAGCUGGAUGACGUCAUGAAGAAAUUUCUCUUCCCCGCGCAGAAACUGGAGAAGAAGAUCGUAGUGCUGCCUUGAUGCUCUAAUCAAAUACAGUCAGAGAGGAGGGACUUUCUACACACAGGCUCUCUAAAUAUGGUCAGAAAGGAGUGACGUCUGCAUACUCGUAUAUGGGCAGAUAGUAAGAGCGUCUGUGUAUGGACUCACAAAAUCUGCUCCAAUAGGAGAGACUUCUGGUUCGACACACCAUAUAUGGCUGGAGUGGAAGCACUUCUAGUUUGAUACCCACCAAAAUUAGACAGGUGCUUGGACAUCAAAAUGUGUAGGAGUAGUCUGAAUGAUGAUUAUUUUAUGGUGAGAUCUUACCAUAUCUUACAGAAGGCUGAAUGACCCCACCACCACACCACUUUCUAAAAUUUACCCGUUGCUCCUCAAGAGUCACUGCAGCAUCACUCAAACCCAUGGAAGAAGCUGUGGAACUGCAGCUGUCAUUUAUGAGUUGUGUGUGUGUGUGUGUGUGUUUAAAUAUAAUGAAAAUGUGUGAAUGGAGUUCAUACUCAAAGCCUCAUGCCAAAGACGAAGACUGUUGGCUCCAUCCUCGGGCCUCAGCUGUGCCAGUGUUACUCCAAUUCUCUGCCAUAUUACACAACCCCAGUGUAAACACCAUGCUCCCCUUGAAGAAUGGCAACUAACUUGCAUAUUUUUGAAGUCAGAUUGCCUGUAAUAACCCCGCCCUUGACUUUACUACCACUUUACUACUGUCCAGAUGAGGACCAAGGGGAUUCGAAAAGUCAAAAGCCCAUCAUGCUGGUAAAGAUAUAGACAACUGAUGUUGCAAUAAAUGAAAUCUUUUAUUUCUGCA